CGCCAAGGCGGAAGUCGGGCUCGCCUCGGGGUCGGGGCGCAAAGAUGGCGUCCUCCGCUUCGGCUCGGCCUGCGGCCGGGAAGCGAGUGGUGAGCCAGGAUGAACUGCGGCGGCUGAUGAAGGAGAAGCAGCGCCUGAGCACCAACAGGAAGCGCAUAGAGUCUCCGUUUGCGAAGUACAACCGCCUGGGGCAGCUGAGCUGCGUCCUGUGCAACACGCCGGUGAAGAGCGAGCUCCUGUGGCAGACGCACGUCCUGGGGAAGCAGCACCGGGAGAGAGUGGCCGAGCUGAAGGGCGCGAAGGAGGCCCCCCCGGGGCCGUCCGCCAGCGCGGCGCCCCCGUCUGCCAAGAGGAAGGCUCCGGACCCCGACAGCCACGACGCCAAAAGGCCGAAGGCCCCGCAGGUGCCCCAGGCGCAGCCCUCCACGUCCGCUUUGCGCACCGGCGCCGACAAAGCGGGAAAGGAGUCCGCGAGAGCGACCCCCGGUAAGGCCUCGGCACUCGGGUUACUCCCUGAUUAUGCAGAGGAGGAGGAAGAGGAGGAGAAGGAGGAGGAGGAGAAGGGAGGAGAAAAGCCAGAGGGGGACGCCAGCACGCAGCCGCCCGACACGCAGGGCAACAAGGAACACUCACUCUCCUCCUCGCUGGAGGCAACAGGUAGUGGGCUGCCCAGAGACUUCUCGACUGCAGAUCCUCCCAAGGCCCCUUUAAUUCCUCACUCGGGGUCCAUUGAGAAAGCAGAGAUACAUGAGAAAAUAGUGGAGAGGAGGGAGAACACUGCGGAAGCGUUACCGGAAGGUUUUUUUGACGACCCCGAGAUAGACGCAAGGGUGCGCAAGGUUGAUGCCCCCAAGGAUCAGAUGGACAAAGAGUGGGACGAGUUUCAAAAAGCCAUGAGACAGGUCAACACCAUCUCCGAAGCCAUCGUGGCUGAAGAGGACGAGGAGGGGCGGUUGGACCGGCAGAUUGGGGAGAUCGACGAGCAGAUAGAGUGUUACCGUCGGGUGGAAAAACUGCGGAAUCGCCAGGAUGAGAUAAAACACAAGCUUAAAGAGAUCCUGACAAUAAAAGAGCUGCAGAAAAAGGAAGAGGAGAAUGUUGACAGCGACGAUGAUGGAGAACUGCAGGAUUUGUUGUCUCAGGAUUGGAGGGUCAAAGGGGCUUUGUUAUAGGAUUGCAAGGACCUGAUAUUUCUAAUACCUAUAAAAAGUGCUGUCUCUCCCUAUACCGGUUACUCCAUCCGGGGGGGUUUGAUAACCUGACGAGGUUGUUGCAGUACAAUACGAGCCUGUGAAAAUAGCACUUUGGAAAAUUGGUGUAAACUAUUUUUGAGGUAAAGUUUGCAAGUGUCUCAGUGUUACAUGUUAAAAUGCCAACAUUUUCACAUAUUUACGGAUUUAAAUGGAUAAGCGGGUUGGAGAAUCUGUAAGCUGUAAAUAUUGUACACAUAGUUAAAUAUAUAUUUACUUAAUUCUGUUUUGAAAUUUACAAGUGAAUAGAAGUAGAACCAACAGACAAGCUUUUUGAUGAAUACCAAGUGUAUUGGGGACACCCCCCUCCCUCCCAGUUCAAACUCAAGAGGGUGGGAGAGCUUUGCGUUGUUUUUAAGAACACUAUGCAUAGAUUCAUAAGUCAUUCACAGCUAAACAAUUCUCUGUAUUGUUUCUGUUUCAAACACAUGCUGUAGGAGAACAUGGUGAAAAUAUAUGCCAAAUAUGACCAGCCUCCUUAACCCAAAGUUUGUCUCGAGUAUACCAAUGAUUUUUGGAUGUAGGUGCACAUGAAGGUCGCCUAUGAAGCUUGCUUAUUUAUUUAUUUAUUUAUUUAUUUAUUUAUUUAUUUAUUUUCAGGGAGGAAGGGAGAGAGAAACAUCACUGAUGAAAAUCAAUGAAUGACACCUGCAUGCCCCCCACUGAUGAUUGAGCCUGCAACCCAGGCAUGCGCCCUUGACUGGAAUUGAACCCCUUCAAAAUGAGUAGUAAUAAUAACCAAGGUUUAUAUAGUUCUUACAAUACAGGUGAGGCAGGAUUCUAAGUGCUUUACAUGAACUCAGUCUAGUUUCCCUAAAGCCCAUGUAUUGUGGAAGAGAGGAACCGAUAGGAGGUUUGAAAAAGCUUUGAAUGCUAGAUGAAAGAAUUCUUCCUGUAGGCAAUGGGAAAAGUGAAAGUUUUUGAGCAAAAAAUCAUACCCACUAAAAACUUACGGAAGAUGACUCUAGUUGCAGUAUAUACACUAUAAUAUUUAUAAUAGGGAAUCUAUAUUCUGUGUAGAAUGGAAUGAGCAUAAAUAGAGGGAAAGGUAGUUAGUAAACUACUUCCAAACUAGAUUUUUAAAGUAUAGUAGAUUGAUUAAGUAUGGAUUGAGAGAAAAGGAAUAGAUUUGAAGGAAUUUCACAGGAAGAGCUAACAUUUCAGUGUCUAGAAAUGG